AUGGAUUACGGGGCGGCACCGAAAGCUACACAUGUGCGCAAGAAGUUCGUUUUGUGCUUCGAUGGCACAGGCAACAAGUUUUCAGGAACAGAUUCAGACUCCAACAUUCUCAAAAUCUAUCGCAUGCUCGAUCGCAAUGGCGACGACCAGUUCCACUACUACCAGCCAGGAGACGACAUCUUCUUUUUUGGAUUUUCCAGAGGAGCGUACACGGCUCGCUUUCUUGCUGAGAUGUUGGACCAUGUCGGUCUCUUAUCGGCUGAUGACAGUAUGGCAGGCUGGCAACGAGGAAAUGUGUCAAUUUGCUUGGAAUGUCGGCUACCGGAAGAGAUCGACAGGAAAACCGCACCAGGUAAGAAGACUGAGAAGACUAGACUUCUGGAGUUCAUGUGCGCGUUCCGAGAAACUUUCAGUCGCCCUGUUCGACCCAUCAGAUUUUUGGGGCUUUUCGACACGGUCAACAGCGUUCCUGCAUUCGAAAAUGCAUGGAUGCAGCGUAGCAAAUUCCCCUACACGGCCCGGAGUAGUGCGCGGGUCAUCAGACAUGCUGUCUCGAUUGAUGAACGUCGUGCGAAGUUUCGACAAGACCUGAUUUCACAAGAGAAGCCCGACAAGUCCUUGAUUUAUAAACGACACCAUAAGCGCAAGCAUGCCAAACAACUCUUACAAGGUGCGAGUCACAUUGAGGCAAACGAAAAGAUCGAAGAGGAACGAGGAAGGCGGGAUACCCUCGCACCACCCGAGCGAUUUAGAGACCCGCACGAAACGGCGGGAAUCCGUAGCCGCAGCGCAGACUAUUCUCAAUACGAUGGCAGUAUUCGCUCUCCUGCUGAGUCUAUGAUGUCAUUCGGCGCCCACGAGACGUGGGCAUCUGAUGAUGUAGAAGGCGAGCAGGACAUCCAGGAGGUUUGGUUCCCUGGAUGUCACGCAGACAUCGGCGGAGGCUGGCCUCUUGACGCAGGUCAUGAUGCCGCGUUGAGUCAUGUUCCGCUUGUAUGGAUGGUCCGUGAAGCUCAAAAAGCUGGUCUUGAUUUCGACGAGGAGAAGUUGGAGGCGUUGCACUGCUGGUACGACGAUGACGAAUACUUGGGUACCCAACCUCAGACAGAUGUGCCCAUCAUUGAGGUUGAUCCUGGGUCGCCACCUCCCACCAGCGACGUUAAUGAUGACACCGGCUCGAAUGGGAUUAUGGUUGGUGCUGGUGCGAAGGAUUUCAUCGACGAGGAGAAUUUCGCCAGCCACCAUUCACCGCACGCUCCCCCAGCAGAUACGGAGUUCCACAAGCACUUUCAUUUUGCAGCUACAAAGGGACGCAUCCAUGAUGUUUUGCAAUUCAAAAAUGGUGCAUCUGGUGCAAGUGUUAUCUCCUGGAAUAUCAUGGAAUACAUGCCGUUCAGGCGGAUGGACCUACGCGAGGAUGGAACAUGGAAAGCGAUCAUCUGGCCGCUUCCGAAGGGAGAAACACGCGAUAUUCCUGCUAACGCAGUCAUCCAUUCGAGUGUCAUCAAGCGUAUGCUCGCAGAUCCUCAGUAUCGUCCAGGUAAUUUGUUGAUUAAAGAGUAA